GUCGCUCGGGAAACUUGCACAGCACCGAAGAAUCAUCUCCAUUGAGUGACAGGACUGUCAGUGAGGAUCCAAGAACAGACAGAGUCCCAGAGCAGCCUCAGCAGUUCAACAUGAGACUCAACAGGAUGGGCUACUGCUCAGUAUCCAACUCACUGACCUCCGCUGAUGGUCACAGCUCAGCGAGCUCUGAAGAUGAGACUUCUCCUCGAGACAAAGAGCAGAAGAACUCUAAAGGAAGUAAGGAUUUCUGUGUUAAGGACAUCAGUCAGGCUUUGGUUGGUCGCAGAGAAAUAGAAAUAGCAGAGCAAGACAUGCCAGCACUGAUGAUGCUGAGAAAGGCAGGCCAAGAAGAGAAGCCACUAGCAGGGGCUAAAAUAGUGGGCUGUGUCCAUAUCACAGUACACAUGGCUGUCCUGAUGGAGACGCUGUCUGUGCUAGGUGCUGAAUGUCGAUGGGCUUCUUGUAAUAUCUACUCUAUUCAGAAUAAAGUAGCCGCAGCUCUUGCAGAGGCCGGUGUCCCUGUGUUCGCAUGGAAAAGGGAGUCUGAGGAUGAUUACUUCUGGUGUAUAGACAGUUGUAUUAAUGUGGAAGACUGGGAACCAAACAUGAUUCUUGAUGAUGGAGGAGACAUGACAUACUGGAUCUAUAAGAAAUACCCGCAGCUCUUCCAGAGCAUCAAGGGGAUUGUUGAAGAAAGUGUCAUUGGUGUUCACAGACUAUAUGAAAUGUAUAAGACUGGGGAGCUUUGCUGCCCGGCAAUGAACACCAAUGAGUCAGUGAUAAAGCAAAAGUUUGACAACUUUUACUGCUGCAAGGAAUCGAUACUGCAUGGUUUGAAGAGGACCACUGCUCUUCAUUUUGGUGGGAAGCAGGUGGUUAUCUGUGGAUAUGGAGAGGUGGGAAAAGGCUGCUGUGCUGCUCUGAAAGGGAUGAAAGCAGUUGUAUAUGUGACAGAGAUUGACCCUGUUUGUGCACUACAGGCCUGCAUGGAUGGUUUUCAACUGGUCAGACUGAAGGAGGUCAUCAGAGUGGUGGACAUUGUUAUCACCUGCACCGGAAAUAAAAAUGUUGUUACGCGAGAGCACAUGGAUCAGAUGAAGCAUGGCUGUAUUGUUUGCAACAUGGGCCACUCCACUACUGAGAUUGAUGUGGCCAGUCUGAUGACACCAGAGCUGACUUGGCAGCAUGUAAGAACACAUUUGGAUCAUAUCGUCUGGCCAAAUGGCAAAACCAUAGUGCUCCUGGCAGAGGGUCGGCUGGUUAACCUGAGCUGCUCUGCUGUGCCAGUUUUUGUGUUGUCCAUUACAGAAACAACUCAGGUUUUGGCACUGAUUGAGCUGUUUAAUGCACCUGAGGGACAUUAUAAACAAGACAUUUACUCAUUUCCUAAGAAAAUGGAUGAGUAUGCAGCACUUCUGCAUCUCCAGAACUUUGAUACGCACCUAACCGAACUCACAGAUGAGCAAGCAAAGUACAUAGGUGUGAACAAGAACGGCCCCUUUAAGCCAAGCUAUUACAGGUACUAAGCUAUAAAGAGGGUCAGCACACACCAACAUGGAGACAAGCCUCAGGGGAUGAUUCAUUUUGUUAGCACCAUCAAACUGGAACUAAUGUACAUUCUGAACACAUUUAUAUCUGUGCGUGCUUACAUAAAUAUCCUAAAAGUUUUGCCUAAGGUUGAACAUUACAAAUUUCAACUCACUACAAUGUUUAAAAUUCUUGCGUGUUUAUCAAUUGUAACAGGGUCUUCUAUAAAACUUCUUUCAAUAGUG